AUUAAGUAUGCACAAAUCGGCAAAAUUUACAAUUUGAGAUCUGGUUUCACAUCAUCGAUAACUGUACGUAUUCCACAAUCGGUAGUUUUGGCAAUGCACAACCAGGGUUGUAACAUUCCAGCCUUCCUUAGUAAACUGAAGAUCCUCGUAGACGACCCUCAGACAGAUGAACUUAUAUAUUGGGACUCGUCUGGGCGGAGUUUCCACAUCCGUGAUGGAAAUCGCUUGGCUAAAGAGAUUUUGCCACUGUUUUUCAAACACAAUAACCUAUCAAGUUUCAUUCGGCAGCUUAAUAUGUAUGGAUUUAAGAAAAUUAACCGUGCUGAUCCCGUUUUGGGGUUAUCAUCGGACAUCGAAGACAUGGAAUUCAGUCACACUUACUUUAUUCGACACAAUACAAGUUUGUUAAGCAAGAUACAUCGAAGACCUCCAAGUUAUAACCUUGCUGCGAAUUUCACUGUUCAAGACCAUGUUGCAGCCAAUGGCUCUCAUCGAAUAAUCCUCGGAACGGAGUUCAACCGACUUUCAGAACUUGUUCGUCAGAUGAGAGCGCGCCAGGAAUCAACAACUCACCAAAUGCAUGUCUUGCGCUCAGAAAAUCAACUGUUGUACCGUGAAAUGGCACACCUGCGUAACCAACUUGAGCAACAAGGCCAACUCAUACAAACGGUAACUAACAUAUUUGUGUUACCUUUUAGCUUUUCAACUUCUUGUCUGCUAUUGCAACGGAGAGAAGAAAUUCUGGUAUCAGAAUUGGCUCUGGGAAGCGUGACUUUGGUUAUUUGCCCAUUUUGUGCAUUAGAUGGUGCUUGUGUUUUGUCGAGGUGCAAUUCGCCGCGCGUCCAGGUUAUUUCCAAUCCCAGCUCCUCCACGCCAGUCCUGUCGUCAUCAUCGAUUUUGGCAAUCCAAGACGCUUCAUCCCCAAAGCGUCCACGUACCGAUUCGUCCGUCGUUCAUAGGAUUCUUCCUAAGGAAGAUCUAAGCAAUACUUCAAUAACAGCUUCCAUUCCUGAUCUGCCUUGCCUUGAUGUGCGUGAAUCAGUCAAUGAAGAUGCCGAGGACGGUCAAGAUUCGACGGUGAGUCGUUUCAGCCAGUUUUCUCCCUCCUCUACUUUCCACCUUGGUUUCAUUUUGUGUAUUUUAAUUUAA